GUCCAGUGGCGUUUGUAUUUCUUUGAAUUUUUACGCGCUGUAAAAUCAGUCUUUCAUGGCAUUCGUGUGUUUGAUGGGGAGAAAUUUAUGUUGAUUCUCCCCAUUUCUGCUGUUUAUCCAUUUUGAGAGACCAGAUUCUCAACCAAGAUGUGUUCAGCUCCUGGUUUGCCAGAAGUUGGUUCCAGUGCGACUGUUCAUAUCACAAAAGUCAAUUUAAACCCACAAACUGUCUUAGUAGAAUUUGGAGGGAGUUUAAAUCAUGGACAAGAAAGCAGGGAAGCAUAUCAACAACUUAAAGACAUUGAAGUCCCUAGGAAGCGACAGCAUACUUUUGAAGGCAAACCUGGAGAAGUUUGCUUAGUAUAUGAAGACAGAACUUGGCACAGAGCAAGAAUACUUUCAAAAUCUGAACAUGAAUACAAGGUGUUCCUAAUUGAUGAUGGUAAAUUGCUUUGGGCCUCAAGCGAGGUUUUGACAAAAUGUCCACGCAACCUUUGUAGUCUUCCUUCCAAAGUUGAGCUUUGCGUACUGGCCAAUAUGUCACCUCUGUGUCUUGAGAGCGCAUGGUCUGUGGCUGCAUCAAAGUUCAUCAGAUCUUUGUGUGGAAAAGAUAUUUCUGGGUGUGUUCAAGAUGUGAUAAUGCCUUCCAGAAUCAUCAUUCUUGACAUUCCAAGCGUAUCCAAACAAAUGUAUGAACUUGGAUUUGCUAGAAAGAUGCCUAACGAAGACUUUAAAAGCCUUGUAAUGCACUCACUGCAUUUGCCAAGAAGAAACCCUUCCAUACAGCUUGACCUUGUGACUACAAAUGGUCAAAAAGAGCAUCCCAGUGACCCUGACAAGUUGCAUCAAUACUUGUAUCCUGAGUUGUUACCUGGAACAGUUGAGAUCGUAACUGUGACACAAGUUAUUCAUCCAUUGAAAAUCUAUUGCAAAUUACGUGUCUUUUCACAAGAGCUCAAGAAAUUAGGUGAUCAGCUCCAUGAAUACUAUGAAGAUUCGUUCUCUGCUCAGAUGCCAAUGCUGCUGUAUGACGGAUCUCCAUGUGCAACCAAAGGAAGUGAUGGCAAGUGGUAUCGAUCUGUACUGCAGCAGAACAAUGUCUCUGAUGUUGUCAAGGUCUUUCAUAUUGAUUACGGAAUUGGAGAUUUUGUUAAACUCUGCAAUAUCAGACCUUUAUCUGGAAGGUUCUUCAAAUUGCCAGUUGUCACCUAUGCCUGCUCUCUACAUGGUGUCAUUGACAAAGGCAUGGGAUGGAGGACAGAACAGAUAGAUUAUCUGAAAUCUGUUGUACUGGAUCAAGUCCUCGUUGGAAAAUUUGAGCGUCACAGUGAGAACGAGGGUGUCUAUUAUAUAACGCUCUAUGGAAAUGACAAUGUCAAUGUGAAUGACACUUUCGGCCACAGAGAACAGUGUUUAUCAACGACUGAGAGGAACUGUGGUGACCAAACUCUUGAGACUCUAAACAAAGUGGCACACAAAAACAUGUAUGAGACUGUACGUUCUCUGGAUUCAACUGCUUUGACCGAGUGCUCCGAUUCUCUUGAUGUCGUCACUGUAGCCAGACCUUCCAAAACUGGAAAAAACCUAGAACCUGCAGCUCCACCUUUUCAGAGUGAAACCUAUGUUGUUUCACCACCCAAAACUGAAGUGGGUGCAAAGGAAAAGGUUCGAAUAACCUGUGUCCAAAGUGUAAACCAGUUCUAUGGCCAUUUUGCACAGAAUAGUGAUACGGUUAGAAAAAUGACCAAAGAUAUUCAACAACUGUGCCGCAAGCCAUUACAAGCAAAGUUUUCACUGUACCCUAAGAUGAUGUGCCUUGCUAAAUACGCAGAUGGGCUGUGGCACAGAGGUCAAAUUGAAUUGAUGCAUCCGAAAAUACUUGUCCAAUUUGUAGACUAUGGUGACCUGGUGGUUUUGGAUAAAUCUGAUAUCCUGCCACUGCCUCCGAAAGCCAGUGCAAUUGUAUCCAUUCCCAUUCAGGCUGUUCAGUUUGAACUUUUCAGCGUAACACUACCUAAGCCAUGUGAGCUUAAUAAGUGGUUCAAAAACUACGCUACAGACUGCAUGUUCACUGUAAUUGUGAAGCAGAUUUCUUCAGGCAAACUAUCAGUGGAGAUGUAUGAUGAGAAAACAAACCUCAACUUAAAAAUUAAAGAGCAGUGGAACCAAACGACCAAAAGAAAAGGGUCUAACGUCGGCAAAGGAAGAGAAAAGGCUCGUACGUUCAAUAAAUCAUCAGAAGCCGUGGAGUCAAGAGGUGUGAGAGACAAUUUCAGCAACUCCCAAGUCCCAAAACCAGUUGUUCAAGGCACAUUGGAACAGAACGUCCAGACUAUGACUAGUCACACAACUGGACACAAUAGAGCUAGGCCUAAUGUUUUACAGCAGCAAGUGCCGUGCCAUUAUCCAAAGCUCACCGAUCUUCCUUCUCGAGCCUUGGAAGCAGGAUAUGGCUCGGACAUCUAUGUUUCACAUUGUAAUAGUCCGUCAAAUUUCUUUGUACAAUUGGCAAGUGAUGAAGAUGAAAUAUUUUCCAUUCUCGACAAACUUAAUUCUGCUCCGUUAAGUGACACACCAGUCGAACUAGACCUGUUGCAGUCAGGUGACCUAGUAGUAGCUGAAUAUCCUGUUGAUGGGGCCUGGUAUCGUGCUGUUGUUCAAAACAAGAAAAAAGGCAUGGUGCAAGUGCAGUUUAUUGACUUUGGCAAUGAGGCAACACUCCUGCCCCUUAAAAUAAGGCAACUUGGCAAGCAGUUCCUCAGCACCCCCAGAUUCAGUAUUCAUUGCACACUUGAGGAUGGUAGAAGAGGAAAAAGAGACUGGACCCAGGAAGAGAUAACGACUUUCAAAAAAGCAGCGGGUGAAAAUGGUGAGAAGAAAAUUCAAUGCAAAUUCACCCGAGAGGUCGGAUCUGCCUGGAUUGUCAAUUUAGAUCUCAAGGACUGGGCUUUGUCUGAUGCUGCUUUCAAAUCAGGUGCUCAUACUGAAGAUACCCAGUCGUUGGCAUUCAAGGAACCAGCUGUAACUCAAGGAAAAAUUGUAGACGCAUACGCGUCAUCUAUCGUUGGACCAAAUUACUUCUGGUGCCAGUUCAAAAACUCAGAGGAACUUGAUCAAAUCUCCCUGCUUGCACAAGAAAUUGGAAACUCUAGUCAAACAAAACCAAUUCAGACAGAUCAGUUACGCCAAGGACCAUGCCUGGCACUCUUUUCCGACCAGCUGUGGUACCGUGCGCAGGUUAUCAACACACAUUCUAAAACAGUCUCUGUUCUUUUUAUUGAUUAUGGAAAUGAGUCUGACAUUGACGUGGACUUCGUUAAAUCCCUGCCUACCAAGCUCCUGGAAAGCCCACCGCAAGCAUUUCUUUGUCAGUUAGAUGCUUUGGGGUCCAUAGAUGGCACUUGGAGCGAUGCUGCAGCUGACAAGUUCUUUGAGCUUCUAGUGGAUGAACCUUUAAAAGUGACCAUUCAGAAUAGGGUAAUGUCCUCUGACCUUCCAAACUGUCCUCAGUAUAACGUCCUUGUUGAAUGUAAUGGUCUUGUUGUUAAUGAUGUCAUGAAAGAUUACUGGUGUGGCCCCAAACCUCAAGUUUGCAGUGAAGUGACAGAGGACGCUAAAACAAAACCCAGUGCAAGUAAAGACAGUUUUGGAGUAACAAGCUUUGAAACAGUUCAGAAAGAUAACGCUCCCAAGCUUAACUCAAAUAGCGGAGCAUCAAAUGAUGUUAAAUCUGACCUUCGUAGCUUUGACCCUCAGGUUUCUCAGAACGAAUUAGUUGCAGCCGAGAUCCAAGAACAAAGCCUUACAUACACAACAUUGACCGCAGAGCUAUCAGGGCAGUGUUUACCUCAAGCUGUAGAUCUUCCUUCACGUAUGAUAGAACCAGGUAAGGUGUCUGAAGUGUAUGUUUCGCACAUCAACAGCCUGACAAGUUUUUUUGUUCAACUGGUGGGAGAUGAGAACACGUUAUUCUCCCUCACCGAGCUAUUGAAUUCCCAUCAGCCUUCUGAGAAAGAUGAUAUCCAUGCGUCCAGUGUUCAGCAAGGAAGUUUAGUGAAGGCCAUGUUUUCUGAAGAUGAUUCUUGGUAUCGUGCUGUCGUGAAGGACCCCACUGAAAAUGGCACAAUUCAGGUAGAGUUCAUAGAUUUCGGAAAUGAGGCAACAGUUUCUCUCCUUAAAAUUCGCAGACUGGAUGAGCAGCUACUGUCAUACCCGAGGUUUAGCAUUCACUGCAGCUGCAGUCUAGAUGAUCGAUUCAAGGCACAGAAGGGAAUGAAGGAGCAGAUGUUUCUCUUCAAAAAAAUAUUCGGUGAACCUGGUGAGAACACGCUGUCUUGCAAGUUUAUCAAAGAAGAUGGCAUCACUUGGGAGGUUAAAAUGACCCCCAGUGGCAGCACAUCUGAUUCAAGUGAGAAAUGGGAUAGUUUAAACUUGAAUGCAUCACCGGUAGCAUCGGAACAUGUGAAGGAGACAUUCCAGCCGCUCUUCAAGAAACCAGAUGUCUCUUUGGGACAGACAGUUGAAGCCUUUGCAUCAUGCAUUGUUGGACCAGAUUACUUCUGGUGCCAGUUUUCAAAUUCUGAAAUACUUGACCAAAUCACCCUUGUUGCCCAAGAAUAUGGAGACUCUAGUGAGACACAGCCGAUUAAGCUAGAUAAUUUGGAUCCUGGAAGCCCGUGCCUGGCUAGUUUCUGUGACGAUCAGAUGUGGUAUCGUGCGCAGGUUAUUAAUAAAGGCACAAACACUGUAUCUGUCCUUUUUGUUGACUUCGGAAAUGAGUCUGAAACCAGUGAAGGCUCUGUUAAGGCACUCCCUUGUGACUUGCUGGAAAGUCCACCUCAAGCUUUUCUGUCUCGCUUGGAAGAGUUUGAUCCUUCCAAGGGAUCUUGGGACAGUGCAGCUACUGAUAACUUCUACGAGCUCUUAGUGGAUAAACCUCUGAAAGUGACUGUGCGGUGCAUCGACACUACAACGGACCCUAACAGGCCUCCAUAUUCUGUUAAAGUUGAGUCUCCACAAUGUCUUGUAAAUGAGCUCAUGAUGAAGUUUUGGAGCGGUUCUGCACAAAAUGCUCAGAAUUCUUCAGAGGUGAUUGAAUCCUGUGAAAAAUCCAUUGCAUCAAAAUCUAAUCUGCUUGUUUCAGAGAAUAAAACAAGUGUGAGUCUUUCAGUCUCUACAGAGGAUGUGCACACAAUUGAACCUCAGACUGAACCAUUAGAAGUAAAAGGUGACUUGCAUGAAAACAAGAUGGAUGAUCCACUUGAUGGAGCAGAUGUGAUUGCUGCUAUAACAAAUUCUGAUGUCACUGCUGAUGAUACCACAAGAAUUAAUUCAGAUUUAGAAAUCCACAAAGUCUGUCGUGAAUCUGACGAUGGAGUUCCUGUUGUAUCAGCUGAACAAAUGCUGCUGCACACAGAGGAAAGUAGAAAAGGUAUAGAAGAUGGAAGAUCUGAAAAUGCUGACAACCUGAUGACGACAAGUGGAAAUACAGAUUGGGUGGCUGGUUUAGAAAAUCCAAAGUUACCCAUGGUUUGCACUGAAGAUUCAUGUGACUCUGUUAAGUGCAUCUUCAAAUAAACAGAAUUUUAAACUUUA